AGACGUUGGGUUACUGCUUUCUAUCAAAAAGCUGUUGCCGAAGAAUAUUUUGGUGCUAUUCUUGGUCAUCCUUUACCGGCCUACCAACAAUAUAAUCCCAACCUUACGCCAGGAGUUGACACAUUCUUUUCAACUGUUACAUUUCGAUAUGGCCAUAGCGAAUUAAGUGAUUUUUACCGAAUUCAAGAUGAAUACGGAGACACUCUUUAUGAUUUAGCUUUAAAUGAAAUUACAAUUCUAACACUUUUGGAAGAACUUGGUUUAGAAAGAGUGCUUAAGUCUAUGAUUCUUCAACGACAGGAAGACGUUGAUAUUUUUAUAGUGAAUGCGACCAAAAAAUUUAUCAAUUUUGAUAAAAAUUAUUUAUGA